AUGGACAACGAAGAGGCUGUAGCGUUCUUCAAAAAAUGUAUGGUGGACGACCCAGGCAUGUCGACGGCUGUAGCUGCUAUACAAACUCUGUUAGAAGUUAUGAAUCAAAACUCGGGUAAGACUUUUCAAUUUUACCAUGCUACUGGUCUAUUUAUGGAUGCAAUAUUUUUUCAAACCAUCUUUUUUUCAUAUAGUUAUAAAUUUAAAAUGGUGAGAAUGUUGCAAUAUUGUACUUUGAAAACUCCUGCUUUCUUGUGUUUUAUGGGAAAAAAAAUUCCCCUUUUUAGAGUGUCCUUAUACUUAGGUGAUUUUGUUCUCUUUUUUUUUCCUCAUAAGGAUUUUCAAGAAUGUAAAAGAGUUCUGGUUGAAAGAGGUCAGCUGUACCUGAAAAGAGCUGCCUCAGCCAGGAAUAGAAUUGCCAAACUUUGUGAUGCAUUCAUUAAAGAUGGAGCAACAAUUCUUACUCACUCCCGAUCCAGAGUUGUGCUGGAAAUUUUGAAAGUGGCUACUGAACAGAAGAAGCGCUUUAAUGUUUAUGUAACAGAGUCAGCUCCUGAUAAAUCUGGGUACAGUGUAGUUUGCAAUUAAUUUUAUUAUAUAAAAUACCUGAAAAUUGCUAUAGAGCUUAAGUGGCCAAAAAUGGAAGAACUUAGUAUAGUAGUAACAGGCAUUAGCCUUGUUGAGAUCAGAGUCUCUGUGGUGAACAUUGCACUUUAAAACAUGUAUUACAGUUUACUGUAGUUUCCAUUUUGAACAAACAAUUCAGAAUGAAAAUAUUGACUUGCAUUUUGGCAGUCAUUUAGUAUCGUUGAAGGCCCUUGUCUGGAAGCCAAAUAAAAUUAGAUAGCUCCCCAGGGGGGACCUGUGGAUAAUAAUGUAGUGGCCUAUUGGUAAGAACACUGGACUUGGGGUUGAGAGGUCUGGGUUGCGGCCAGGUCAAUGUGUUGUGUUGUGUUCCUUUUUUUCUAUCACAGUGUCUCUCUU